AUUUUGGAUCCUUCAAAAGAAUGAUUCCUCCCAAGUAAAGAUGGACCCAUAGAAAGGUUUCCGAUCUUUUAGUUCCGGCGUUCACCGAUUCACCGUUCUGCUCGAACUUCAUGAGCUCCGACGAAACCCAACCGCACAUUCGACACCCAAACCCUAAUCAAGUUCCCUCCCGCACUUCAAAAUCCAGACUUUCCUUUUUCUUUUUCUCGUCCAUCCUCGUCCUCCUGCUGGCAGUCUCCCUUGGCUUAGCAUCAAGAACCCAUUUCUUCAAAGCCCAUCUCCUGACAAGAUUUCAGCAAAUCCUCCGGCGGCUCCUCCCCCUUAAACCUCGACAGAACCCUCAUUCCGAUGGCACGAACCUCUCGGCCGACCCCUCUCACUGUGUGCUGUGGAUGGCUCCGUUCCUCUCCGGCGGCGGUUACAGCUCAGAGGCUUGGUCGUACGUCCUGUCCAUUCACAAUCACCUGAGAAUCAAGAAAAGCCCCAAAUUCAAACUGGGUAUUGAGCAGCAUGGAGAUCUUGAAUCCAUAGAGUUCUGGGAGGGAUUGCCUGUGGAGAUCAGGAACUUAGCCCUGGAGCUCCACCGGACCCAAUGUGCGCCUGACAGGACCAUUUUGGUGUGUCACAGCGAGCCCGGCGCUUGGUAUCCUCCCCUCUUCCAGACCCUGCCCUGUCCCCCAUAUGGGUACGGGCAUUACCGGUACGUGAUUGGUCGGACUAUGUUCGAGUCCGACCGGGUGGGUCUGGAGCACGCCAGGAGGUGCAACCGGAUGGAUUACGUGUGGGUUCCAACCGAUUUCCAUGUCCGGACAUUCGUUUCGAGCGGCGUGGACCCGGCAAAGGUUGUUAAGAUCAUGCAGCCUAUAGAUGUCGAGUUCUUCGACCCCGAAAAGUACUGGCCGAUGGAUCUUUCUUCUCUAGGAGAUUUAGUACUAGGCGAGAGGUCGAAAGCCCAGGAUUUGAAUGGGAGAAUGGAGUUUGUUUUCUUGAGUGUCUUCAAAUGGGAGUUCAGGAAAGGCUGGGAUGUAUUAUUAAGUGCGUACUUGAGAGAAUUCGAUGGUGCUGAUGGUGUCUCUUUGUACUUGUUGACAAACCCUUACCACUCUGAUCGGAACUUUGGUAACAAGAUUGUUGAGUUUGUCGACAAUUCUAAUAUGGAGAAGCCGAGGAACGGGUGGGCCCCAAUAUAUGUGAUUGGAACCCAUGUUCCGCAGUCCGACCUUCCGAGGAUUUACAAGGCGGCUGAUGCCUUUGUGCUCCCGUCGAGAGGGGAAGGAUGGGGGAGGCCACUCGUGGAGGCAAUGUCUAUGUCCCUGCCUUUGAUCGCCACGAACUGGUCGGGUCCCACAGAGUACUUGACCGAGGAAAACUCAUACCCGCUGCCUGUGGAAAGGAUGGUGGAGGUGGUGGAGGGGCCGUUUAAGGGCCACCUAUGGGCUGAGCCCUCUGUGGACGAGCUUCGGAGACUCAUGAAGCACUUGGUCAGUAGCCCUGAGGAACGUAAGAACAGAGGAAGGCAGGCGCGGAGGGAUAUGAUCAGAAGGUUCUCUCCUGGCAUCGUAGCCGAGAUUGUCAGUGAAGAGAUCGAGAAAUUGUUGGAAGGAAGGGAAUGAAUAGGGCUACAGAUAUGUUACUUCAUCUCUUGGACCAUCAGAAAAUCAGCCUCAGGACCGUUUUCCCACCUACACUGUUUGAUCUUGGGUUGGAUUUGGUUCGCGCGGUCUUAAUCUUGUAAAGUGGUUUUGUUGAUUGUUUUGUAUCAGCAUGGGUAGGUUUUCUGGUCGCUAUAAAGGGCAAGAUGUUCCAGUGAUUGUGCCGAUCGCAUACUGAUACAUCGGACAUUUCUCAGAAAGUAAUCUAAAGCUUCUGUCUGGUUAUGAGUGGAAGAAUUUUUUUCUCGA